AUUCUGGUCAAAGUGGUGAACGUAAAUAACCAGCGGCCUCAACUGGUAAUCACUGCAGCUUCAGGUAGUCUGUUCCAUCCGACACCUUCAAAUCAUCCAAAGGGCAGCGAACCAAGCUUAUCUGAGUCCUGGCCGAGUCUUCGAGUUGACACAGUGGCCGGACGCGUGUGGAUCCGGGAGGACUGGCCGGUUGGGCAGAUUUUUCUGUGCGGACGAGCAUACGAUGCCGACGGGCCAGUCUCUGAAGCAAAGUUCUCCUUUAGGAUGCUCUUUGAUGACGAAGCAAUUGGGUAA